AUGACGCAACCUGUCAGCCUCACCGAUGGCACGAAGGAGAUCACAGGCGAGUGGUUCAUCAAGAAUGUGAAAGGGGGAGUGCAGCUGAAGAUGGAAGGUGACGAGGUGCGUUCCGUUCAAUCCUGCUUCGGUGGCCAGCCGGUGGUUGGGAAAGUGCGGACGGGCUCCCAUUUCGAGAUGGACGUCCAGAUGGGCGGCUUCCCCAUGAUCGCAAGAAUGACUUCCCGAACGGACCAGCAGAAGUACCUGGAGUUCUCCAACGGUGGCCUUUGGUCGAAGAACCAGCCGGCUUUCGAGCCCUUGCCCGCGCAAGCCGGGGUCAACGGCCACGUCAACGGCCACGUCAACGGUGGGAAAGAUGGUGUGCUUGGCAUCCCCAUGAGUGAGGUGAAGAAGCACAAUACCAAGGACUCUGCGUGGGUUGUCCUCCACGGCUACAUCUACGACCUCACGAAGUUCCUUGAGGACCACCCUGGAGGUGACCAAGUGGUUCUGGAUUGGGCCGGCAAGGACGCAACGAAGUUUUGGUCUGCCAUCCACAAGAAGGAUUGGAUUAAAGAGUACACAAAGCCGGAGUGGUGCCUUGGGCCAGUUGGCAAGGAGGCGCCCAACGAAGAACUCAAGAAGGCCCAGGACGAGAUCAAGCUUCUGAAAGCAGAGCUGGAGCGCCUCACCGCUUUGCCCACAAAGCCCUCUGCCGGCCUGGUGGCUGCGUUGGACGCCGCAGGCGCCUGCAAGCCAGCUCCGGCGCUGAGCGCGGAUGCGCCAACGCACGUGUCCUCCGAAUGCCCCUCGGUGGAGCUCAAAGGCAGGCGCGUGCUCGUGGUCGGCCAUGGGCCGGUCGGACACGACUUCGUUGUGAAGCUGGUGGGCAUGGUGGGUGACGGUGCGCUGGAGAUCACCGUGGUUGGGGAGGAGCCGCGCAUGGCGUAUGACCGUGUCCACCUCACGGAGUAUUUCGAGCACCGCGACCCCAGCAAGUUGAGUAUGUGUGACAAAAAGUGGUUCCAGGAUCACAAGGUUGCCAUCCGCACCAACUGCCGGGCCGAGAAGAUCGACCGCGACAGCUGCAAGGUGUCGCUGCGAGAUGUGAACACGGAGGCCGUGGAAGACAUGGCCUACGAUGCGU